CUGACAGAAACACCCGUGGAAGCGCCUCUCCUAUCUUCCUCCUUUUGUCUCUCUUUUCUUCCUCUCUUUCUUUCUAUAUAUUCAUCCCCUUCACGAGCCCAUGCGCGUCCCCUGCACUGCACACGUAUAUAUAGUCUCUCUCUCUCUCUACUGUGGGGAUUGAUUUCUUCUGCUGGUUGGUUUCAAUGGCUUUCGCAAACCCACUUCACUAUUUUUGGGUUUUCAAAACCAAGAGAGCUAACCUCUACUACCUCAUAUUCGUCGCCAUCCUCUGCUCUUUCUGCUACCUUGUAGGAAUUUGGUCUCACUCCUCCACCGCCGUCAUCCCCUCCUCCUUCUCUGGCGUUUCAUGCUCCGACCAGUCCCUUAACUCCACCUUCGUCUCCUCCGUUUCAGUCGUCGCCCUUGACUUCUCGGCCCACCACCAGGCCCCCGACCCCUCGCCUACGGCGGCGCGUGUUAAUCAUAUCCCUCCCUGCGAGGCCAAGUUCUCCGAGUAUACCCCGUGCGAAGACGCCAAGAGGUCCUUGAAGUUCGACCGGAAUAUGCUGGUGUACAGGGAGCGGCACUGCCCGGAGCCCCGCGAAGUGCUCAAGUGUCGAGUCCCAGCGCCCUACGGUUACAAGGUGCCGUUCCGUUGGCCGGAGAGUCGGGACUCGGUGUGGUUUGCUAACGUGCCACACAAGCAUUUGACGGUGGAGAAGAAGAACCAGAAUUGGGUCAGGUUCCAGCGAGACCGGUUCAGGUUCCCCGGAGGCGGGACAAUGUUUCCGAAUGGUGCAGAUGCCUACAUUGAUGAUAUUGGGAAGCUGAUUAAUCUGAAAGACGGGUCUAUAAGGACCGCCAUCGAUACCGGUUGUGGGGUUGCAAGUUGGGGAGCAUACCUUCUUUCUCGUAACAUUCUUGCAGUGUCAUUUGCACCAAGAGACACCCAUGAAGCUCAGGUCCAAUUUGCUCUUGAACGAGGAGUUCCGGCAUUGAUCGGAGUUCUUGCUUCGAUUAGGCUUCCUUACCCUUCAAGAGCCUUUGACAUGGCUCACUGCUCACGUUGUCUCAUUCCUUGGGGCCAGUAUGAUGGGCGUUAUUUGAUCGAAGUGGAUCGAGUUCUUCGUCCUGGUGGGUACUGGAUCUUGUCCGGGCCACCAAUAAACUGGGAGAAUCACUGGAGAGGUUGGGAAAGAACUCCUGAAGAUCUCAAGGCAGAACAGACAGGAAUUGAGAAUGUUGCUAGGAGCCUAUGCUGGAAAAAAAUAAAGCAGAAGAAUGACAUUGCUAUUUGGCAGAAGCCAACUAACCAUGUUCACUGCAAGAUGAACAGGAAGGUUUUCAAGUUUCCACAGUUUUGUCCGGAACAGGAUCCAGACAAGGCAUGGUACACUAAAAUGGAGAACUGUAUAACCCCAUUGCCUAGCGUUUCCAACAUUAAACAAGUGGCAGGUGGGGAAUUAGCAAACUGGCCAGAGAGGCUGACUUCAAUUCCACCAAGGAUUAGAAGAGGAACUUUGAAGGGAAUUACAGCUGAAACUUUCACAGAAAAUACAGAGCUAUGGAGAAAGAGAGUAGCAUAUUACAAGACCAUAGACAAUCAACUAGGAGAGCGCGGGAGGUAUCGUAAUUUGCUGGAUAUGAAUUCUUACUUGGGAGGAUUUUCAGCUGCAUUAGCAAUUAAUGAUCCUGUGUGGGUUAUGAACGUUGUCCCGGUCGAGGCUGAGUUCAACACACUUGGAGUUGUCUAUGAACGAGGAUUGAUUGGAACAUAUCAAAAUUGGUGUGAGGCCAUGUCAACUUACCCUCGAACGUACGACUUCAUCCAUGCUGAUUCUGUUUUUAGCCUCUACAAGGACAGAUGUGAUAUGGAAGAUAUCUUGCUUGAAAUGGAUCGGAUUUUACGGCCAGAAGGGAGUGCGAUUUUCCGGGACGACGUAGACUACUUGGUGAAAAUCAAGAGCAUCUUAGAUGCAAUGCAAUGGGAUAGCAGAAUUGUAGACCAUGAAAAUGGACCUCUGGAAAGAGAGAAGAUUUUGAUGGCAGUAAAGCAGUAUUGGACAGCUCCAGCCCCUCACCAAAAUCAACAGGGAACCAUAAGCGCUUCAUGAAUAAUAUGACUUCAAUUUUCUUUACAUUUUUCUGUUAAUAAUUUUCAUCAGAAGCUGAUUCUUUGGCACCCAUUAGGGAAAGUACAUGUAUUCACAUGCAGGAGCAUACAGAAAAUAAGCCUUGGAGGCGAGCCUAAUAUUCUCCAAGACUUUGAAAGAACGAGAUUGUCUCAGAGAGUUCUAAAGACGAGGUGGAAGAUUUUUGGAAGAAUUUGGACUGGUCUACUUUUAGGCUCUGAAUAUAAGUCAAUUGAUUUUGGAAAUGGCAUGUAAAUUCACCCAACAAACAAACGUUACAUCAUUAUUAUCAUAUGGAACACUCCGUUUAGCCUU